CCGUUCCCUUUCCCAAUUCUCUUCGGUUCUUCACUCCUCGAAGUCUUCGAGUGUUCAAGGCCGGCUAGGGUUCUUUCCCACUUCCCAACACCUUCCGCCCUCCCGAGCGGCAACCGGCGAUCGGCGACGAGCGCCAUUCUCGACCGGCAACCGGCGAUCGGCGACGAGCGCCAUUCCCGACCGGCAAGAAAAGCAUCCAAGCGCGGUACCAGUGGCUUUGAAAUCCGGCUGGCUUCUGGAAAGCAAAAGCGGAGAGGUCUCCGGGAGUCGUGCCGGCGACCCGGAAGGAAGUGAGUGGGCCGAGAUCUUCUCAGAGGCCCUCGUUGGGUUUUCCCGCUUCAGUUUGUGAGGAAUUUGCAUCAUUUUUGGUGUGUCAGAUCUUGUCAUGUUUCUCAAAUCGUAACAAGACAAUAGGAUUUUUUUCUCUGGGAAGAUAGCUUUCAAGGUUUUCUCAAGCACACAUAUUGUACCAGUUUCGAGCAAAAGUUGCUUAUCUCGCAUUGGACUUGAGAGGCAUUGCCUAGGAGUUGGAAUUUUUAACAAAGUGAUAAAGUGCAGCUAUUGCCAUUCCAUUCCAGUUAUGGCUGGUGACAUUCCCACAAACAUUUCAAAUGGUAAUACGCAACAUGAUCCUAGAAGAACUUUUCAGGUUGUUGUUGCUGGCACUCGAGAUAUGGGUAUUGGGAAGGAUGGGAAGUUGCCAUGGAAGCUGCCAUCCGACCUUAAAUUUUUUAAGGAGGUUACUAUGACUACAUCAGAUCCUGUAAAAAAGAAUGCUGUGAUAAUGGGUAGGAAAACAUGGGAAAGCAUUCCUCUUCAGAAUAGGCCUCUGCCUGGUCGUUUGAAUGUUGUGCUGACUCGCUCCGGGAGUUUUGAUAUUGCAACAGCUGAGAAUGUCGUCAUCUGUGGAAGCAUGAAUUCUGCCUUAAAGCUGCUAGCAGCAACCCCUUAUUGUUUGUCAAUUGAGAAAGUGUUCGUUAUAGGUGGUGGCCAGGUAUUAAGGGAAUCUCUUAACGCACCUGAAUGUGAAGCCAUUCAUCUCACAGACAUAGAAACAAACAUUGAAUGUGACACUUUCAUCCCUCCAAUUGAUUUUUCAGUGUUUCAACCUUGGUAUUCAUCCUUUCCAUUGGUAGAGAACAAUAUCAGGUAUUCUUUUGUGACAUAUGUUCGUGUGCGACAUUCGGCUACUGAGCUUCAUGCUCUGCAUGAUGGGGAAAAAACUGAUGAUAAAUUAUAUUUGAACAAGUUUGAGGUUGAGAGGUUCUCAUUUCUUCCUAAAAUAAUACAUGAAAGACAUGAUGAAUAUGUGUAUCUUAGACUUGUGCAAGAUAUCAUAGAAAAUGGUGCCCAAAAGAAUGACAGGACAGGGACUGGAACACUAUCAAAAUUUGGUUGUCAGAUGCGGUUUAAUUUGCGAAGAUCUUUUCCGCUGCUUACAACCAAGAAAGUAUUUUGGCGAGGUGUUGUUGAAGAACUCUUGUGGUUCAUCAGUGGUUCGACGAAUGCAAAGGUUUUACAGGAAAAGGGUAUACAUAUUUGGGAUGGCAAUGCAUCACGAGAGUACCUUGAUAGUGUUGGGUUAUCAUGUAGAGAAGAAGGCGACUUAGGACCAAUAUAUGGGUUUCAGUGGAGACAUUUUGGUGCCGAAUACACUGACAUGCAUGCUGAUUACACUGGAAAAGGAUUUGAUCAGCUAUUGGAUGUAAUUGACAAAAUAAAGAACAAUCCAGAUGAUCGUCGCAUCAUUCUCUCAGCUUGGAAUCCUUCAGAUCUCAAGAUAAUGGCCCUUCCUCCUUGCCACAUGCUUGCACAAUUUUAUGUGGAGAAUGGUGAGCUAUCAUGCCAAAUGUACCAACGGUCUGCAGACAUGGGUCUUGGUGUGCCAUUUAACAUUGCGUCGUAUUCGCUUUUGACAUGCAUGAUUGCUCAAGUUUGCGAUCUUUUGCCUGGAGAUUUUAUCCAUGUUAUAGGAGAUGCUCAUGUUUAUAGAACUCAUGUGAGGCCUUUAGAAGAGCAGCUUCAAAAGCAACCAAAAGCAUUCCCGAUUCUGAAGAUCAACCCUUUGAAGAAGGAUGUAGAUUCCUUUGUUGCAUCCGACUUCGAGCUUGUUGGGUACGACCCUCACUACAAGAUAGAAAUGAAAAUGGCAAUAUAAGACCUUCAGCUUUGGAGAAGAUAACUUGUCCUACUGGUCUACAUAAUGUGUUUCUGCAUAGUUAUAGAGGUACAGCUGCAUGCCUAUUUGUGGAGAGGCCCUUAAAAUAACAAUCAAGAGGUCUUUACUCCAUCGGCACAUAUAUGUCUAGAAAGCGAUCAUCUUAUAAGUUUCUGAAAGACGAUACCAAGAGGUGACUGAAAUUAUUCUUUGUUUUGAUUUCUGGAUCAUCAGUCUAGCUUUCAUCCAUGACCCUGACAUUUUAUGGAUGGAACUCUGGCUCUCUGUUUUUCAAUUUGAGCCUAUCUGUGAGUUCCCAUGUCUCAGGGAACAAGAAUGUGUCUUUAUGCCCAUCUGAACUUAUUUAGUGCCUUCAGUCUUGCAUUUAUGUUAAACAGGGGUAACUGUUUGUGAUGGUAUGUCUUAUAUUUUCCUUAUUUAAAAUCUAAUGAGCUUCCAUAUUAUUGA